AUGCUGGGCGUUGGCAGCCGCUUGACUCUGCUAUCCCAGCAGUUCCGCGUGGCGGCGGUUAGCGCGGGCAGCGUGAGCGGGAAGUCCGUGACGAAGCACGUGAUCGUGAAGGACCUUCGCAAGGUGGCUGGCGCGAUGAAGGUCGACCUGCCCGCCUCGGGCAUCUUCGACCACUUGGCGCCCAUAGGCCUCUACGCGCUCUUCGAUGGGCAGUCCUGCGCUGGUCCGCCGGGCCCCGUGGCGGCCGAGUACUGCGCGCGGAACUUCCACAAGAAGGUCCUGGAGAACGUCUGCAGCCUCCCAGCCAACUGCACCAGCGACACCUUUGUGAAGGCGGCGCUCGUCAAGAGCUUCGAGGAUCUGGACAAGGACCUCCUGGAGGCUCUACCAGAUACCGAGGAGGGCUGCGGGGCCGCCGUGGCGUUGCUCGUCGGCGAGUACCUCUUUACGGCCAGCGCGCCGCGACACCUGCAAGCUCUCGCCAUGGGCCGCUCCGGCAAGACGCUCUCGGCCGCCGACGCCGCGCUCGCGGGCACGCAGUUCCUGCGACAGGAAGCGUUCGUGCCCAGCCCGGUGCGCGCCCCAGCCGCCAUCGUUGCGGCCGCCGUGGCCAGGCUCGCACUGGCCGUGGCGCUUGCGGACCCCAGUGGCGAUGCGGCGAAGAAGCUCGGCGACGCCUCUGACGACUUCGCAAAGUCCGAGAACUGGUAA